AUGUCCUUGGAAACACUGUUUCUGGUCAACUGCUCUGCUAUCCCCCAGCUACCAGCCAGGUUCUGCAGCUUAACAGCUAUCAAGAAGCUGGCCUUCGUCGAGCUGCCACUAGAAGCACUCCCAUCGGACAUUGAAGAGCUCACUAAUCUCGAGUCUCUUUUUCUCUACGGCCGCUAUAUCCAGCAAAUUUCAGCCUCGUUCGCCCAGCUCUCUUCUUUGAAGCGGCUGAAACUUUAUGAUUGCAGGAUAGGUGAGCUUCCGGAAGAAAUUGGGAAGCUGAGCAGGCUGCAAGAACUGACCAUUACCUCCUGCACUAUCAGAAAGCUCCCAGAGGCUGUUACGUGCCUUGUUGAUUUACAAGUGCUAGUGAUUUGUGAUUUGGAAUCGAUUUCGGUACCCACGAGGCUGGACAACUUUACGAAGCUGAAAGUGCUGCAACUUCCAAGAUUCGCUCUGCCGCAUGAACCUCCUAAGGUGCUGCCAUCAUCCCUUGAGACUUUGAGCUUGGGGUUCUACAGAUUCUCUCAGAGAUCGGGUCAUGUGGAGUUUGGAAAGGCGAUUAGCAGAAACUUGGUGAAUCUGAAGCACUUGAAGAUGGUAUUGGACGAUGACGCUGAGAAGUUUCCAUUUCCCUUGAGAUUUUCUCCGGACCUGCGCACCCUGGAAAUAAUAAGCGCCAAGAGCCUGAAGAAACUCCCACGCAUUGGGUUGGCACUGCAGCAGCUUCGGAAGCUGAAGAUGAUUCAUGCGAAUUCGCUGACUGAGCUGCCAGCAUCGAUCACCAAGCUUCAGCACCUGACAUCCUUGCAAUGCUGCCUGCCCAGUCUUUUGUUAGCAUGGAAGCUGAUAGGGGUCAUCAGGAGAGCAAUCAAGCACAUGCUGAUGUGGAUCAGCCAAAGCUGCUCGUUUGGCAAAGCACACUCUCAUGUUUUUCCCCAUGACUUGAGCAGAGCGAGCGGAGUGAGCAGAAUCAGCACCCCAGCCGUGCCGCAUACGGUUGCAUGGCACACUGCGCUGCCCGUGCUGGCCCAAAUGGUCUAG